UUGAGACAACGGGAUUCGACGUAACUUCCCCUAACAAAAAAGACGACUAGAGAACGUCUGGAAGCGGCGAUGCUCGGAGGAACGAGUAUUUUAAAAACUUAAAAAAAUAACAACCAACACCUUUUCCUGUUGCCUUCUUUUUAUACAGCGCGAAGGAACAGCCGCGACCAUGUCCGCCCAAGCUCAAAUGAGAGCUUUGCUCGACCAGCUAAUGGGAACAGCGAGGGAUGGUUCAGUGUAUCUUUGCCAGCCUACAUCAAUCUGCAAAGGAGUUGCAGAAAAGCCUCAUGUUCAUCGAGCCGUGAGUCACACAUAAUUUUUAAAGCUGUUAUGAUGAAUAUCCAAACAGUACAUGUUUGCCUUUCGGAAGUAAGUGUAGCCUGUUUUUUUUUUUUUAUUAUUAUUAUUUUUUUAAGAUAUACACAAUGAUAAUUUCUUAAAUGGCAAAUAGAAUUUGGAGUAGUGCUAAGCUGCUUGAGCUAAGACGCCUGGUCGCGCUGAAUGAACACAAGACACAUCUCAGCAUACCAGUCUUUUUUUUUUUUCUUCCCUACAAGCAAUUUUCAGACGAGACAAACACUUUUGCACACAGAAUUUUCGAUCUGACUCUUGUAUGACUCCCAACUUCUUACCACAGGUUUGGCAGGAAAACUGUUCCCAUUUUUACUUUCCCACAGCGGGUUUAAAAUUCUGCAGCUGAGGGCUUGAAGAUGCAGAAGGGUACAGUAUAUGGUGCAGAACGCAGUGUGUAUAAACCUAUUUAUGCUUUUUUUGAAUUUCUGUCACUGUAUCAUUUCUGUAAAAUGGCUUGGCUGGAACAAAUGACACUUCUGUGUUGAGAUGCUAUGUGUAAAAAACAUUUUUUAAAAAAGCCCAUUUCCACACACAUGUACCAUAAAACAAGAUAAACUGAGUUGAGGCUCUGUUAUUGACAUUUGAGGCUUGGGUAAGGUUGCCACCAAGAAUAGCAGCAAGCAUCACACAACGAGGCCGUGCAGAGCCUUCAGCUUCUCACUUACACCGAGAGGCACAGUUAAUCAAGUAAUGUUUUUAUAACAUGCUAAUGACCAAGAAGAUAUCUUUUUUUUAAACAAUGGGCUCAAACUGUUUGAAUGCAGCUAUUGUGAUACGUAUAUAUGACACAUUGAUGUAUUAUGCAGUGGCAGUCAGAUAUGUCAAAGUCUAACACCCCCACUAACAAAUAUGUCUAAUUGGAUGUCUUUUGGACUAUUUCAGGGGAUGAAACGCGGCAGAGGGUCAAAUUUACAGAUGACCGAGUCUGCAAAAGUCACCUGCUCAACUGCUGUCCACAUGACAUUUUGUCGGGAACUCGCAUGGACCUGGGAGAGUGCACUAAGAUCCAUGACCUGGCGCUCCGAGCUGACUAUGAAAUCGCCUCCAAGGAAAAAGACCUGUUUUUUGAGCUUGAUGCGGUUGAUCACUUGGAGUCAUUUAUCGCCGACUGUGACCGCAGGACAGAGCUGGCGAAGAAACGCCUGGCAGAGACUCAAGAAGAGAUAAGCGCUGAAGUGGCGGCAAAGGCAGAGAAGGUCCAUGAGCUGAACGAGGAAAUCGGAAAGCUCCUUGCCAAGGCGGAGCAACUCGGAGCAGAGGGCAACGUGGACGAAUCCCAGAAAGUUCUGCAGGAAGUGGAGAAGGUCCGCAGUAGGAAGAAGGAUGCAGAGGAGGAAUACAGAAACUCUAUGCCUGCCUCCAGUUUCCAGCAGCAGAAAUUGCGUGUUUGUGAGGUGUGCUCUGCUUAUCUGGGUCUCCAUGACAACGAUCGGCGUUUGGCCGACCAUUUCGGUGGGAAGCUCCACCUCGGCUUCAUUCAAAUCAGAGAGAAACUGGACCAACUAAAGAAAACUGUUGUGGACAAGCAGGAGAAACGCAACCAGGAGCGCCUGAAGAGACGGGAAGAAAGGGAGAAAGAGGAAAAGAUGAAAAAAAGGACGAGAUCCCGCAGCAGAGAGCAUAAAAGGUCUCGUUCUCGUGACCGAAGGAGGCGUCGCUCACGCUCCUCAUCACGAGACAAGCGCCGCUCACGAUCCCGGUCCAGGGAGAGGAAGAGGCGACAUCGCAGCCGGUCUGGCUCCCGCAGCCGAGGACACCGUCACAGCCACGAGCAGAGCUCUAGACACAAGUCAUCCAAAGACCGCGAACGCUCAUCCAGAGACAAGUCACGGGAGCGCGAUCGGCGGGACGGCGUGAACGGCAGGUCGGACUCUCGCAGGGCAGACGACAGAGAAAACCUGUGAGGUCCCAGUAUCCAUUCAUCCUCCACCACACACACUGUUGUGUGUCCUUCAACCAUUUGUCCAUUUACCAGCUACAGAAUAUUCCUUAUAGUCCUCCUUAGACAGUUUUUCUUUCUUUUGCUGUUUGUCCAUUUAAUUCUGUUUCAAGCCAACUCUCAUCAGCCUGACAGCCUGGUUGCAGUAACCACCUCUAUGAUUGGGUGGACUUUCUUUAUCCAAUAAUCAGUGACUUCAAUAGAGAAAUAACAUCAUUUGGUGUGCUUUUUUUUUUCUUGUUUCUUUUUAUUAUACAGAAUACUACUUACAUUUUGAGGGUCUCGAGUGUGUAAGACACUAUCCCCUGGUAGAUCACAUAUCUUAAAUUGUUUUUAUUUUCUGUACUUGGUUUGAUCAACGCCCUUUCAAAGUCUUAGGAGCCCUGAUAAGUGAUUUAAAGUCUCAACAUGUCAAGUAUAUUUUCUCUUUCAGUCAAGUCUGAUUUUAUGUUGCCAGUCAGUAGCUAAGGCAAUUUAUGUGGAGGAGUGUUUGUCUAGUUUAAAAAUAAUUUGUUGGAACUGUUUCCAAGUGUUCUAUCAUGUUUUGUAAGUUGAUUUAAAAUAAAUACAAAUGUUCACCAUCUUAGAAGAUGUUCAUUUGAGUUGACAUGUGAAGCAGAAAGUGAGAUUUUUUUGACGCACUGUGGACUGAACUGCUUUGUAAUGAAAUGCAAACAGAUUGUAAUGGUGCAUUGCUUUACAUAUAAUGUGAGGGUGUCAUCUUGUUCCGCGCGGAUUCAUUGGGGAGGGGAAGUAAAUUAAACCACAUUAAAGUCUUUAUUGCAUAUUGGUCA